AUGUCCUUCAUCCGGUCUGCGGCGCUCCGUGCGUCUGCAAUCGCCCGCCCCGCGAAGAAGAGCUUCCGCGCCGCCGAGCUCCAGCCAUGGCAGCGCACUCUGCAGCGCAGGACAUACGCCUCCGCCGGCUCCCACGGCGAUGCGAAGAAGAGCGAUCUGCCAUGGAUAGUUUCGGCUGUUGCUGCAACCGGCGUCGGCCUCUACUUCGUCAUCAACCAGGACCUGGGCGGCCACGGCGACGCUGAGCACCACGCCGAGCACUCCGAGAAGCACGCCGAGCCCGAGGAGAAGGAGGCGGCGCCGGCAGAGGAGGAGCCCAAGGAGGCGUCUAAGAGCGAGAACAAGGGCGAGGAGAAGAGCGAGGGGAAUGCUGAGGCACCUCCAGACAAGAGUGACGAGCCCAAUCCUCGCAAGGAACCCAAGAGCCAAAACGAGACGUCCGGCAAGCAGGAGGGCAUGUCCAACACCGACACCAAGCACACCAGCGAGAUAUCCAAGCAGGACGAGAAGAGCAAAAAGGGCGAGGGCGUCGCCGAGUCGGCCAAGCUCAAGGGCACCGUAUCCACCGAGCGACCUGGAGCGGAGAACAAGGAGGAGCGUGGAAAGGCCCAGCAAGACAAAAGCCAAUAG